AUGUGUAAACGGGACCAACAGCAGCAGGUUUCCUCUGCUUCACUGUCCCCGGGUGGUCAGGAGUUUCAAACCUUGAUCAGGAUGGACGGGGUCCCUCUGAAGAUACCACAGACCGUCUCACAGGAAGUCAAAGAUGACGUCAAAGUGAAGCUUCCUGAUUAUCUGACCAUCCUGAGGGACACUGAGUAUGAGUUCAGUCUGGAGAACUGGGUGCUCACCGGUCUGCAGAGCGGCUUCUCCAGCCAGCCACGCCCUCUGCCCCUGUCCUCGCCUUCAGGCCUGCAGCCGUCCUGUCCUCCAUACUGGAUGAUGUUCAGCAGUCCCCAGCAGAGCCGCCUGGCCAGCCGCCACUGCUCCGACUUCUGGGAGCCCAACCCUCGGCAGCGCUCCCACAGCCUCAACCCCAAGGUUCUGCGCUCCAAGUCUGCCAUGUGGGACUCUGAGGAGGAGGGAGAGAGCGCUCUGAAAGCCAAGGUCCGUCUAUCAAAGAAAACCUGCCCUGAUGGGAAGACUCCUGUAGCUCUGGGUCCCAGGAAAGCACAAAAAGCCUUCGUCCCAGACCUCCUGAACCCCCCCGCAUGCCUCAGCAGUCUCCCACACCAGCGCAGGAAGAACCUCAGGCAGCGCUCCCUGUCCGGGCUGGACUCCUCCAAACCUGAUCUCAUAACAGACAGCCAGUCCAAGAAGAGCCAAGACGCCAGCACGAGAGCCUCGAACGCCAGGGCCCCCAACAUCAGAGCCAAUACUGUGGACCGGCCCGCCAGCAUCCGCCAUCCCAGCAGCACACAGAAGUCUUUGAGCCCAGACUCCUGCACGCUGCCCCCUGCAGCCUCGCCCCGCUGUGCCCCCCCCUCGCCCUCAGACUCAUCGGCAGAGCUUCUGUCCGCUCUGAGCCCAGAGGAAAGAGAGCUCCUGGCCGCCAUCACGGCCCGAGGAUACCCUCUCCGUACCGCCUUCAUCGCCCUGCAGAAGACGGGCCGGCAGACCCCAGACCAGAUUCUGAGUUACCUGGUGGCCUGUGAUCACCUGUGCCAGCUGGGUUACGACAUGGCUCAGGUAGAGGAGGCUCUGGAGAUGUUCCAGAACUGUGAGACCAAGGCCCAGGAGUUCCUCCAUCUGCUCAGUCAGUUCAACGAGAUGGGGUUCCAGCAGAACGCCAUCAAAGAGGUGCUGCUGGUCCACGAGAACCACCGAGAGCGAGCACUGGAGGAGCUGAUGAUGCGCGUGGCGUGAUGCACAUCAACCGUUUAUGUUUAUAAAGUCAUGAAAAGUGAAAUCACGUUGAUACAGACAGGGAUCAUGAUAGGCCAUAAUGCAUGGCGGCCAUGUUCCUGUGACGUCUAAUCAUAGAAAUAUAUAUUAUAGACCUAGUUCCACUGGCUGUGUCAGCAUGCUGCAGCCAUGCACCAGUGCAGCCGCCAUAUUGGUAGUGGCAGUGUUGUCAUGGUGUCGUACUGUUCUCUUCUUCAUUUGUCAAUAAACAUCCAGGUUCUGAUCACAGUUUUUAUUUUAUAAUUUACUGAUUAACAACCAGAGCUGAAAAGUAAGAGAUUAGACCACAGUUCCUGUAAAAAAAACAUGUUAGCCCUUCAGCUACUAUCAGAUCAAAACUAGCGAUAGCAUCCUAGCUUAAAUUUGCAAUGGUGUCGCUCUAUUCUAGCUCUUUCCUCAAACAUCAUCCGUUCUCAUAGCUGUUUUUAGCUCGGCUCGACCAACGCUCUCGGCUCGCUGAAGCCUUCUUCUUCUACUCAACAGAAUGUGAGCGUGUCUCCAUUCAACAGUCCCACCGUUAGCCAGAUAAUCUUCUUUAAACUUGCAGAUGACCCACUAUUCUGCAGAAUUGGUGAGAAAAAACCCGACAUCCCUGACUUUAAAACAUUCCAUCCAUGCAUUUUAGGAUGAUGUCAUCCUUUAAAGCUCCUAAAAUAUUCCAUCAUUGCACUUAAAGAUUUCAUUCUUUAAAGCCUAUAUAAUAUUCCAUUCUUACUUUGACACAUGGCAUUCAUUAAAGCUUACAAAAUAUUCCAUUCUUGCUUUUAAAUAUGUCAUUCAUUAAAGCUUACAAAAUGUUCCAUCCUUGCCUUUAAAGAUGAUGUCAUCCUUAAAAGU